AUGCGCCUCCUGCUCCUGCUCCUGCUCCUGCUCCUCUUCCUCCUCCUCCUCCUUCUGCUGAUCCUCCUGCUCCUCCUGCAUCUCUUCGACCCCAUCCUCUUCCCCACGCUGCGACUACUACCCCAUCAUGAGAGAGGCAAGGUUCGCGCGAUGCCCGGCGAAAGGCCUUCUAGGGGAUCUUCAAAGGAAUCCGCGCCUGGCCAGGAUCAGCAACAACCGCAUGCCGCCAGGAGGAACGCAGGCAGAGAAGGGAGAGCAGGCGCAGGCCCUGACCUCUCUUCUGAGCUGAUCUCGAUGAUACACAACGAGGUAAGAGCAGAACUGCAAAGAUCUGCCAGGGGCCCUCGUGGUGAAGCAGGUGGCCUGAGGGGAGGUGAAGCAGCAGAGGUCAGGAAGCUGAGGGGAGAGGUCCGCGAGAUGAAGCAAUGGAGGGCAGUGGUCAGUGGCAGACUAGACCGGAUUGAGCAAGAGAGGGAGGCAUUCGAGGAUAAGAAUCGGAAGGAGAUACACGAGCUUCAGCAGGCGUCCUGGCAAUACAAGGAGCAAAUCAACAGGCUGACACGGGAGAUGAAGAGCGUCGACGACAAUGUUAGCAUUGUGAAAGACAACUUGAGCGACCUGAACAGGAGCAUGGACACCCGGCUUCUAAACCUGCAGAACGGCAUGUUAGAAGGUGUCGCUCAGUUGUUAGGUGUACAGCAACAAACAACUUCAACCCAGCGGAGGACGUCAAAUCCAAAUUCCUCACCCACUGACGAAGCCAAUCAGACCUCGGAGACUUGGCGAGCAGAAGCAGCACAAGACGUGAUGCAGGACAAUGAAGAGGGAGAGACGAGCCAUGCAGAUGCAGCGAGCGCUAAUGGUGCAGAGCAGAUGGAGAACGAUCUAUUGCGCCAAGUCACUCCCCCAGCAGAUGCCUCUGCUCAGUCGAACUUGGAAGAAGCGAGCAGGAUGGACGAAGACAAUGCUUUCAGUCAAGAUCCGUUCUCAGAGCCUUCGCAGGUUCCAACCUCCAUGUACCAAGAACGGUUCCACCAAGGAUCGCCUGUCACCACUACUGUCACCAUGCAACAGCAGCCAUCUCCCAUCACAGCUGAGCGCCUUUCCCGAUCACAAACUCCAUCUACGUCGAGGUCUCCGGACAGAACAAGGAUGGAGUGCAAAAUGCCAAGUUUUUACACACAAGCUCUUAGCAGCGACACAGAGGUUCAUAGGCACAGCUUUUCCAGCACAUGGGAAGGAAACAAUCCAGCACCCUCCUUCGGCUCUGAUCAGCAGACUUCAUGGAACCGCCUGAACUUGCAAGACCAGGACCAGGACCAGGACCAGGACCAGGACCAGGACCAGGAUCAGGACCAGGACCAGGACCAGGACCAGGAUCAGGAUCAGGAUCAGGACCAGCAUCACCAGGGCCAGGGCCAGGAUGGGAGACUCUCGAACGAGGUCGGCAACGAUCAUGAGAGCGACCUGGAGGAGAUCGUCGUGGAGGAGAUGGAGCCGGAGGUCAACGAGAUUCUUGACUCCGAAGACGAAUCACUGGAGGAUCGCCAGAAGCUGCUCCAGCACUUCACAGAGGCUGAGAUCGACUUCCUGACCGAGCUAGCCGAGGGCCUGAACUGGGAGGGAGGAACGCAGCAGUACAGGCAGGCCCAAGACUGCACCCUAGAGCACUACAAGAGGAAGAGGAGGGACCGUGACAUUGUGCAAGGCGCGUUGGUCCUUAUGGAGUUCAAGGUCCCGUCCGGAAGGAAGCGGAGGAGGAGCGUCGUCUUGCGCAAAUACGAGAACGCGCGGAGGAGGAACCGGCACUGGUGGUGGGGGAAGGUGAUCAGUACAAGUCCCGCCAUGUCGGAGGAACCGAAGAAGUUCUCCGUGUACUUCGAGGACCACAAGGUCUUCGACUACAACUUCAACCAUGACGAGAGGAUGCGUGUAGUACGUAGACAGCUGGCUGAGCAGCUCAGGGACGACUGA